AUGAAGCUAUUCCUCGAGCGCCUCAAAGCCACGACCAACUCUAGUCCCGAAAAGUCACCCGAAUCGAAACUCCGCAUGAUGAAAGAGAUCUCAGGCAGUCGAGAUUCGAAAACCUUUGCGCACGAAGAAACCCUUAGUCCUUGUCGGUUCAGAUUCCUCGAUGUCAAGCGAUACCUAAAGAAGGAGCUUAUCUACAUUCGGGAAUUCUCAGAGCUACCCGGUUCGGAGUACGCUGCAUUGUCGUAUGUCUGGCGCGGCCUGCGCCCACAGCCUGGAGCCACUUCGUCUGCCCCCAAUUUCACAAUCCGAGGUGCUGAAGACGCAGACCCGAUAAACUCAGGCGUGCUGCAUACGGCUUGUCUUGCGGCUCUACACUUCAAGUGCGAUUUACUCUGGAUCGAUCGUCUUUCUGUCAUUCAAACCAGCAAGGAAGACAAGACUUGGCAGAUCAGAAAUAUGUUCAGGGUGUACCAAUUAUGCAAAGUAUGUUUGGUCCUUCCUAGUGGCUUGGCAAAGCUUGCUGGAGUCACAGAGGUCACGCCCUGGAUUCAUCGUGCUUGGACUCUACAAGAGUCGGUUGCUCCGCCCUCCGUACAAGUUGUAUUUCAUUGGACUUGGGGAUCUUGCACUUGGCAGCAUACGGAUUCGAUCUUGGUUGAGGAAGUGGAGCCUCAGACGGCUGCUGUAGCAAGUCUAGAAGAAAUUCUCAUGGCCUCCAUGGCUCACGGAGAGUGUCAGAUAAUAUUGCGUGGCAGAGGAGGGGAAAAGGCUCCGCGGGCAUUACGUCCUACAAUAUUGAGCGAUGGGGAGGAGGCCGGUCAGGUGCAUCAUCUAACGACACUUCUUGGUGCUUUGACUCAAGGCGAGACGGAAGGACGAAUGAAUGCUAUCUGGCGAGCAACACUUCUGCGAACAUCAUCAAGACCUGUCGAUAUGGUGUUCAGUAUCAUGGGCCUUCUUGGGGUCAAUCUUGAUCCUAAUGCUUUCGACCACAACGACCGACAAAAGGCGACGAUACGACUACUCCAAGAACUCAUGAAGAAGGGGUAUGGGGCCGAGUGGCUUGCUCUAGCGCCCAAUGUUCGUACACCAGCCGGCCUCAGCACCAUCCCGAUGAUGCCCAAAACGAGGGUUACCGGGCGAGCUUUCGUGGAUACGGAAGACGGCGAGAAAGAAGUGUCAAAGAUUUUGGAAGACGACUUGCGUGCGAUGUGGUGGUGGCUUGAUGGUGCACCGACUGGCUCGAUUGACGACCUUGGAAAUUUGACCACCAAAACGAAAGCUGUUCCAAUCUCCAGGUACACGGGACCUCAAGUCGAACUGGAAUACUUUCAGAAAACGCAUCCCGACAUUGUUGUUGACUAUGCCACGGCGGAAAGAUGGAGUUUGAAACCAUCAACUCAAGAUGCAAGUUAUGCUCUCAACCUCGGGCAAAAGCGAUUCUAUAGGCAUGGAUUCCUUGGCAAGGUUUUCGACUAUAAUUCGACUCUUUUGAUGCUGCUCGUAAGAAAGUCUGUGAAUGGGAAGGCGGGGAAUAAGAUCGUUGGCUUUGCGUGGGGUGACGAGGCGUUGGCACAAGAUUGGCCCAUGAAGGAGUUCACGAUCCUUGCUUGA